UGAACAGAAGAGAGAAUCAAGAUAUUUUGAUUGCAUUGCAUUGCAUUACAGUGAAGCAUAUGAUAAUAAUAAUAGUAAUAGUUAUAGUAAUAGUAAUAGGUGUUGUUGAAGACAGAAGAGAUCAGAGAGGGCCCGUUAAAGGCUGCAACACAAAUGAGUGGCACUGCACCAAAGGCUACUACUACUGCCUACUGUGUUCUCUCUCUCUCUCUCUUCUUGUUUUUACUCAUUCGUGGCUCAUCCACCUCCAUCUAUCUCACACCUUUUUCAUUCACUUCCAACAAUAUUAGGUUCUUGGAGGGUAACUACAAAUCUUUUGAAUAAGUUUUCAAAUGAUGGCUCCACUUGUUUUGGUGGGUGAUAAGUGAUAGCAUGGACCUAUUUUCCUCAAGAGUAAGGUAAUUUUUCCAAGUCAGGGGAUAGGGAGAUUCUACCAGUUCUGAUUACCAUUAAUUUGAACAGUGGCAAUGCUGUUCUGAAAGACCAUUGAAAGAAAUAUCAAGAGCCUCUUGUUGCAUUUCCUAUAUGGAGAACAAUAUGUACAGUGCUCCACUGGACAUGGCUGGCCGAAUUUCUACUGCCAUAGAAGAAAUUACACAGCAUUUAGCACCAAAGCCACUGGUUCAUUGCUAUUCAUUUGACCUCAAUAACCAAAGCCACAUUAUAGAUGGAAUUCCAGUACUUGCUGGUGGAGAGCAAGGUGAACCUACAAGUGAUGUCCAUGUAGAUGGUUGCUUCAUAAACCCUGCUACCAUUGCUGAUUCCAAUUCAUUUAUUGCAUCACAAGGAAAAACUGUUGUAGGAGAUGCCUCAAAUCCUAUUAACAACAAUGACUUUCACGAACAUUUAGCUGGAGGAAGGCCAAUUACUUCUGCUUCACUAGCUGCUAGAAUUAGUCUUCAAGAAAAUCUAGAGAAUUCUUCAGCAGCUUUGCCUCCUUCAUUCUGUUCAUUGGAGGCAAUAGGACCAUAUAUCUUCAAUAAUUGGCAGGACACAUCAAACCCUUUACAUGCAACUUUUGGUGAUCAUGCCUAUGAUGAAUUACCUGGUAUUCAUAAGUGGAAUGUGAACAAGUUUCUGAAAGCUCCUGAGGUUGAUGGGACUGGGAUCCUGGCUUAUUCAACCAUAGGAAAUCCAAACCUGGAUCAAAAUGGAUGGACAUCGUCAAAUGUUGCAAAUUUGGCCAAUCUUGCUUACAAUUCCUCUAAUUGUAGUAAUGAGCUUUCACUAAGUCUUGCAAGAUCUCCAACUACAGGUCAGUGCUCAGAGAUGAGCUGCUCUGACGUGUCUAAUCGCAUGAAUGUAACAACAAUGUCAGGUUUGGAGCAACCCUCCUGCAGCAGCAAGGAUUUGUCUAUGAGAUUAGAUUCUAACAAACAUGUCCAGUUUUCACCAGCAAUCUUGGGGUCCAGAUACCUUGCUGGAAUUCAAGAGAUACUUACUCAAAUUGCAACAUAUUCAUUUGAAAACGUAGAGCUGAUGAAUUAUUCAGUUGCUGGUGUUAGAGCAGGAGGGAAUAAUAAUUCAGCUUCAGCUUUCACACCCAAGAGAAGGGUAGCAAUUAACCAAAAUGCAAAUUCCAUGUUUGAAGCACAUGUAGAAGAAUCUCCGUUGGAAAGACAUGCAACUGAAUCAAACAAAUCCCAACUUCUCGUUCUUCUACAGCUGGUGGACAACCGAUACAGUGAGUGUUUGGAUGAGAUUCAUACUGUUGUAUCUGCAUUCCAUGCUGCGACUGAGCUGGAUCCACACAUCAUGCAUGCACAUUUUGCACUUCAAACGAUCACUCUCUUAUACAAGGACCUGCGAGAGAGGAUUAGCAAUCAUAUUCUUGCCAUGGGACCAGAUUUUAACAGCUUGUGCUCAGAAGAGGAGAAGGAAUGGUGUGUUGAAACUUCAUUCAUUCAAAAGCAAUGGGCUCUCCAGCAGUUGAAAAGAAAAGAUCACUUAUGGAGGCCCCAAAGGGGCUUGCCAGAAAGAUCUGUCUCAGUUCUACGCGCUUGGAUGUUUCAGAAUUUCCUCCAUCCGUAUCCUAAAGAUGCAGAGAAGCAUUUACUUGCAGUAAAAAGUGGGUUGACACGAAGCCAGGUAUCCAAUUGGUUUAUCAAUGCGCGGGUUAGGCUAUGGAAGCCUAUGAUUGAAGAAAUGUAUGCUGAAAUGAAUAGAAGAAAAGCUUGUCGAAAUGAAGAAGGAAUGGAGAGCACUCAUAGAAGCAGGUUAAGCAUGAACAAUCAAAUGUUGAAUAUCAAUUGAAGCUGGAGAAAGUCACUUGCAAUCAGUUUUUAGAUGUUUCCAAUAUUAUUCUUCUAUCAAUAUUUUUCUUCCAUUUGAAUAGUAAAGUAGUUGCUAGGGCUUAUUAUAGUGAUAAAAGACUGGGCCUUUCUCCUUUUGGCCCAUCUUGGAAGUUGGAACAUAAGUUUUAUUUAUAUAUGUUCAAAUUAAUUUUGUAAAGAUGACAAAAAAAAUAUUGCAAAAUGCUGC